CUCACGUCUCCGCAGUUACAACAGCAAGUUCACCAAUCUGUAAACGUCAUGCUUCCCAAGUCUCUGGUUGUGGCAAUGAAUACCAUGCUGUAUAAGAUGAGCUUCCCGUAUUCCUGAGCUCUGAUUUUCUCUGUGUCCCGCGUCAGCACAGUUCAAAAGAUGUUUUUCAAAGCAGGUGUCGCUGUUGGUUUCAUCGCCGCAGCUUCUGCUGUUCCGCAAGCAGCCACUACAACCUCAAGCCCUACUGCCUCCUCCACAGGGUAUCCUCUUCCUUAUUCCUACCCUCAACAGCCUUCCGUCAACAGCGCUGCUAUCUCUUCAGUCGCUUCACAUGCAGGAAUUCCAGCAUCUGAAAUUCCCGGCGCAACGAAUGCCGUCCCACCGAUUGUGAGCAGCCAAGUCACUGGCGUUACUUCUCAUGGACCAUACUCCGGGCCUCCUCCCACUACUACCGGCGCAAUCAGCAACUCCCCAGCUGGUACAGCGAUCCCAAUGCUUCCACCAAAUCCUACCGCACUGGUAUACAACCCCAACGGCACGUUGAACAACCAGCAGCCCAUCCCCUACCAGCCAGCCGGUGGUCUGGGCACCAACGGCACUGAGCCCGUUUACCGUGUUCAGUCCGACUUCGACUACCAGUCCAUCCUCCUAGGCUUGUACCAGGAGUGGAUCGAGUUGGAUCUUUUCCAUAAUAUUCUCGCUACAUUCUCUGAGGAGGAGUUCACGGCUGCAGGCUUGACUCCAAGUGACAGAUUUCUCAUCGAGUUCAUGGCUGAUCAAGAGUCUGGACACGCAACCCUGCUCUCCAAUUUGCUCGGUGGACCAAGCGGUGCUACCCCACAAUGCACAUACAAUUACCCCUUCACCACCGUCCACGAAGCCUUCGACUUCACCCAAAAGCUAACCCGCUUUGGCGAGUCUGGCGUCUGGGGUUUCCAAGCGCACCUCGACUCCCGCGAGUGCGCGCAACUCCUCGACCAAUCCAUCGCCACCGAAGCCCGCCAACAGAUGAUCUUCCGACAAUUCGCAGGCCUGUUCCCCAUGCCCGUUUGGUUCGAGACUGGGAUUCCUCAGUCGUGGGCUUGGACCCUUCUAGCGCCGUAUAUUUCAGAGUGCCCGGCGAACAGCAAGAGAUUGGUCUGGCAGAACUUCCCCGCGUUGCAUGUGUUGAAUCAACCGAAUAGCGCGAGGAGAAAUGCGACGCAGACGGGGUUCAAUGAGACGACGGGAUUUGGACCUGCAGCUCCGAGUAGUGAUCCACCCGCGAACGAGACUUGUGUUGGGUAUAAUGUUACCGGCUUUGAUUGUUCUGCAUCAGUCAGCCAGAACAGAUCAGUUCCGCUUUCAUACCCUGGACGAGAAGUCUUCUUGAGCUGGGAGAACCCAGGUAAGGCUGUUGGACCGAAUAACAGUUAUAUCACAGCAACCAGUGCUGGGCCUCCGGAGUUUGUCCUCUGGGUCAGCCAGUUGAAUAUCACGUACUCGCCGCUCACCAAUAUUACUGCGAGGAAUGGGAUGAACUACGGGCAGACGAUUCAGCCUGACGUUUCAACUUAUGAGGGAGAUCCAGCUAUCAACGGCACGAUGUUUAUUGCUCUCACUGACACGAAUACCUCGUACACGGCGUUCAACCUCAGCAAUGUCAACCCACAUGUUGCUGCUGGGCCGUUUCUGUACCAGGCUGGAUAAAAGACUCGUCAAGAGCAAACGAACUCAAUACCAAGCAUGAUGAGUGGGAUAUCUCUGGCA